AUGAAGAUGUCUACCGCUGACAUCGUCUUAAACGCCACCGAUCGGGUGGUGAAGUCUGUACCCUUCCCCCUGAGCCACCGCCUUACAAUGAAGGAAGUGUUUGACUGCGAAGGGAAACCUCGUGUGGAUCUCCUGAAGGCCCACCUCACCAAGGAGGGCCGUGUAGAGGAAGCUGUGGCACUUCGAAUCAUCAACGAGGGAGCAGCUAUCCUGCGUCAGGAGAAAACUAUACUGGACAUCGAGGCACCAGUCACAGUGUGCGGGGACAUCCAUGGGCAAUUCUUUGAUCUAAUGAAGCUGUUUGAAGUGGGAGGAUCACCAGCCACAACACGGUACCUGUUCCUUGGGGACUACGUUGACCGUGGCUACUUCAGUAUUGAGUGUGUUUUAUACCUUUGGUCGCUGAAAAUUCUCUAUCCAAAGACCCUAUUUUUACUUCGUGGAAAUCAUGAAUGUAGACAUUUGACAGAAUAUUUUACCUUCAAACAGGAAUGUAAAAUCAAGUACUCAGAGCAGGUGUAUGACUCAUGUAUGGAUGCGUUUGACUGCCUUCCCCUGGCUGCACUCAUGAACCAACAGUUUCUGUGUGUCCAUGGUGGACUCUCACCCGAAAUACACACCUUAGAUGACAUUAAAAAGUUGGAUCGGUUCAAGGAGCCACCAGCUUUUGGGCCCAUGUGUGACCUGCUGUGGUCUGAUCCUCUGGAAGACUUUGGCAAUGAGAAAACCCAGGAAUAUUUCAGCCACAACACAGUGCGAGGCUGCUCCUACUUCUACAGUUAUCCAGCUGUAUGUGAAUUCCUACAGAGCAAUAACCUAUUAUCAAUUAUUCGAGCACAUGAAGCACAAGAUGCUGGCUACCGGAUGUACCGUAAAAGUCAGACCACUGGAUUCCCAUCCCUCAUUACCAUCUUCUCAGCACCAAACUACCUGGAUGUUUACAACAACAAAGCUGCUGUACUGAAGUAUGAAAAUAAUGUCAUGAACAUCCGACAGUUCAACUGCUCACCCCAUCCCUACUGGCUGCCCAACUUCAUGGAUGUCUUCACCUGGUCUCUGCCAUUUGUUGGAGAGAAAGUCACAGAAAUGCUGGUGAAUGUGCUGAGCAUCUGCUCUGAUGACGAACUCAUGAAUGAUGAAGAUGAGAUCUUUGAUGCCAAUGCAGCUGCAGCACGCAAGGAGGUGAUCAGAAACAAGAUCCGUGCUAUUGGAAAAAUGGCCAAAAUGUUCUCAGUUCUCAGAGAAGAGAGUGAAAAUGUGUUGACGCUUAAGGGCCUGACGCCCACUGGCAUGCUUCCAAGUGGGGUUCUCUCUGGAGGCCGACAGACACUGCAGAGUGCCACCAUUGAAGCCAUUGAAGCCAUCGAGACGCAUGAUGAGGACAGAGAAGCUAUCCGUGGGUUCUCCCCCCAGCACAAGAUCACCAGUUUUGAGGAGGCUAAGGGCCUAGACCGCAUCAACGAGCGCAUGCCACCUCGCAAGGACGGGGUGAACCACGUAGGUCACUCCAUGGGAAAGAUGAAUAUGUCAGAGGCAAACGGCACGGAUGACAACAGCAACAUCCAGUGA